UCGACUUCCAGCCGUCUCCCGCCCUCGGGCCCCGCCUUGAGUAAGCUGCCGCCGCCCGACCAGCGUGUUGCCAGUGGGAGGCUUAGCGGUUGUAGCCACGACGCGUGACAGUGGACACCGGGGGCUGAGGAGUGCUCGGCGCGGCCUGACCCGGGGUAGUGUGUGCUGCUGGAGGGGCCAGUGGAGGCUCGUAUCGGCGUAGGCAGCGCUGUGGAGCGCCGGCCGAUGGACGUCGCCGAUCGAGACGAGCCGUGCUUGCUGGGCCUCGACUACCUGACGCAGGCCAGUAAGGCUCGUGGUGGCCUCGGACGGGAGCUGGAGAGGGUGACCGGAAUGGUGCCCUUUGCUUCCAGGAGGUUUUCGAGCAUGGCUGCGUGGGGAGGUAGUCACGGCUGAGCGAGGGCACCUUGCCCCGAGGGUGGAGGCCAGGAGCCGGUGUCGACUGUCCCGAGCGUCACGUGGAGUGGAUGGCGUGGAAGAGCCCACUGAGGACUGGCGGCUGGUCGACGGCGUGGCUGACAGGCGGAGCCCCUUGGGGGCGCGAGAAGAGACUGUGGAGGACGUGGUGGAGGACAGACUGAUUUAUGUGUAUUGCAUGUAUUUUUCUGUGUUCAAUGCUCGGCCGGGAGCUCAGGCUACCGGUGGAUUUGGCCACGGGGCGGCCUCCCGACGUGAGCUUGCCCACCGUCACCUCUGGCUUCGCAGCGGCACUGCAGGAAAGCCUGGCUGAGGUGCACCGACGCGUACGGGGCAAGCUCAAGGUGGCAGGCCAGGCCAUGAAGGAGACAUACGACCGGCGCAUGAGGGACGUGAGGUACUCCGUGGGUGACAGAGUGUGGCUGCAUAACCCCCGCCGUAAACGAGGGCUCUCGCCGAAGCUACAGAGCCCCUGGGAGGGGCCGUACACGGUGGUGGCAGCCCUCUCUGACGUCACCUACCGGAUUCGACGGGGACGAAAGCGCCCGUCUGUUGUCCACGUGGACCGGCUGUGGCGUUACCACGGUCCAGGGCGCUACUCCUGGGGCCACGGUGAGGAAGGAGAGGACGUAGGCCCCAGCAGCAGCGACGAGGACGUGUCAGAGGUUGACCACGGGGCGAACGAGAACAUGGGCGGUGCGGGCGAAGCGGCAGAUGUCAGUGACGACCCUGAGCAAGUACCUGGGGCCGACGACGCGGCUCUGGGUGCCACCGCCUGCCUGCCGCCGCCCGCAUCCCAGCGGCGCCCUCGGCGAGGCGUCGGCCGGGAUGGUUAAGAGACUUUAGUGAUGUCCCAGGGGACUGAUUAGUUUGAUUAAUUUCAUGUUUUGUUUGUUGAAUGUUGGGGCAGCCGGGUCGACUGCCUUUUGAAGGAGGAGAUAGUGUUACGAAUGUGCUGUAUGUGAAUGAUUGUAUGUGUAAUGUGAUGAACUUGUAGCAUGAUGCAAUGUUACCUCAGCAUGGUGCAACUCUACUUGUUGGGACAAGAGAGACAGGAGGGGGCCCGGGGCCGCCGGGCCGCCGGGCAGGAAGUGCUGAGUCGAGCAGUGGGGGAGCAAGGGUGGCUGAGGAGUGGAGUUGUAGGGGAGAAGACGCGUGUCUGGGCUUGAGGGAGUGUUGAGCUGCUCCGCUCGCGAGCUGUGUGCAUCCGUGUGUACGUGUCUGCCGUGCCCCUGUACUGUGCCUGAUUAAUUAACUGUUCUGUGCCCUUGAAAGUUGCUGUACUCUGUACUGUGUGAGGAACCUGUCAUUAAACUAGAACUUAGUGUUGAACGUGUAUCCUUUGUGCCCUGCCUCGUUCCCUCCUCCCCUCGGUGUUCUGUGUGGGCCGCUGUGACUGGUGCUU